CCGUCCCCCCUUUCCCCUCCUUCACCGUUUCUUGGCAACCAUGGAGGCGGCAGAUACCUUGAAUUUCAACAUUGGGGUGCUUGGCCACAUUGACAGCGGCAAGACCGCGCUGGCCCGGGCGCUGAGCACCACGGCGUCCACGGCCGCCUUCGACAAGAACCCGCAGAGCAGGGAGCGCGGCAUCACCCUGGACCUGGGCUUCUCCAGCUUCUGCCUGGCCGCGCCGCCGCAUCUGGGGCCGCCGCAGUACUCCAAGCUGCAGGUCACGCUGGUGGACUGCCCGGGCCAUGCCUCGCUCAUCAGGACCAUCAUUGGAGGUUCGCAGAUCAUUGACUUGAUGAUGCUGGUAAUUGACGUGACAAAGGGGAUGCAGACACAGUCAGCGGAAUGCCUGGUGAUCGGCGAGAUUACGUGUCCACGGAUGGUGGUGGUCCUGAACAAGACUGACCUCCUACCAGAGGCAAAGAAACAGGUGUUGAUAGACAAAAUGACAAAGAAAAUGCAGAAGACACUGGAGAACACAAGGUUUAAUGGGUGUCCCAUCAUUCCUGUUGCUGCCAAGCCUGGAGGACCAGAUGCUCCAGAGACGGAGACUCCACAAGGCAUUUCGAAGCUCAUAGAGCUCCUGAUAUCGCAGACGUACAUGCCAAAACGUGAUCCCUCCGGUUCCUUCCUCAUGGCAGCUGACCACUGUUUCUCGAUCAAAGGUCAGGGCACCGUGAUGACAGGGACCAUCCUCUCUGGAUCUGUCAGUGUCAACGACAGCGUGGAGAUCCCCUCCCUCAAGAUCACCCGUAAGGUCAAGUCCAUGCAGAUGUUCCGUAAGCCAGUGAACGUUGCCAUUCAAGGUGACCGGGUAGGGAUUUGUGUCACCCAGUUUGACCCCAAGCAGCUUGAGAGGGGCCUAGUCUGUUCCCCUGAGUCCCUGCGCACCCUCUAUGCGGCUGUUAUCUCCGUGAAGAAGAUCCCUUACUUCAAAGGACCAGUCCACACCAAGGCUAAGUUCCAUAUCACUGUUGGCCACGAAACUAUCAUGGGAAGGGUAAUGUUCUUCAGCCCUGCCCCAAAGGAUUUUGAUGCCGAGCCUGUGGUGGAUUGUUUUGACUUUGAUAAGGAGUACCUUUAUCAGGAAGAAUAUCUGUCACCAGGCAAGGACAACAACGUUGAUGGCCAAACUGAGGGAGCCCAAGCCCCCAGGCAACAGUGGGCACUGUUGGAGUUUGAGAAGCCUGUCACCUGCCCCAAGCUGUGCCUAGUGAUAGGCUCCAAGCUGGACAUUGACAUCCAUACCAAUACCUGCAGGCUUGCAUUUCAUGGGGUCUUGCUGGAAGGCUUCGAGGAGAAAAACUAUCCUGAAGUGUCACUGCCCAAACUGAAGGUCUUCAAGUUGAAACACAAAGAGGGACAAGUGGAGAGGGUCUCAGAUGAUUACAGUGUCAUUGGCCGCUCCCUGUUCAAGAAGGAGACCAACAUGCAGCUGUUUGUCGGCAUGAAAGUCAAACUGUCGACAGGCGAAGUUGGAGUGAUCGACGGGGGCUUCGGACAGAGCGGGAAGUUCAAAAUCCGUAUUCCAGAUGGGCUAAGUCCGGAGACCAAACAGCAGCUCGCACUGACCAGCAAGAAAAAACCCAAGGGGUCAAAGGGCGACCCAGCGAAAUUGGAUGAAGAGAAGAGCGACACACAGCCCAUAACCAUAAGCUUAGCCUUUAAGAGAUACUUAUUCGACCCACAGAAAAAGAUGAUUCAAUCUUAAAAGUGUUUAUUUUCGCGGGAGGAAUACUGAGAGGCGGGACUGGGUUUAAAACGGUCCUUUAAAGUCUCCUUGCCUUAAAGCUCGAUUCUGGGGUGGGCUUAACCGUUUCUGAAGGAAUAAAAUUAAAAUUAAUCCCU